AUGGCCUCAUCACGCAGUCUGUCGCCCGGCGAUGCGACUCCAGUUGCUGAAUUCCUCCACUUCCUUUCCAAACACCAAUCGCCAGGACUUCGCUUUGGCAGCUCGCUGCAGAAGUGCAUGUUUGUACCACAAGAUGAACUCCAAGCGUAUCUGUCCGGAGCAAGGCUGCAGGCACUGCUAGAGAGCGUCUGCCGACAACGUUUCACUCAGAAAGAUGUGAAUACAGCUGCAGUCCAAUCACGCCGGCGUAUAUUAGCCAUCCUGAUCCUGAUAGGCCGCGGCGAUCUCAUCAAACGUUGUUUCACGGCUCAUGCCCCUAGCGACGAGAACCUGCCCUUCGAGUUGCAACCCUCCCAGUUCUCCUUCGACACCUUUAGGCGCUUUUAUGAGGAACAAUGGGCAUUUUGUGCGCAUUCUUUUCAAGAGGGUGAAAUUGAUUCUCACAUCCUAGAGAACACCAUCUUGCCGAUCUAUGGACUUGAAGAAAAGGAUCUGGGAGGACCGCAACCACUUCUUUCAUGCGGAUACAUCCAUACUACUUCAGUCGACACUCGUUGCGUGCAUGAAUUUGUCAUUAAAACGUAUAAUUUGAAUGGUGACCUCGCCUCAAUCUCUUAUCGGAAUGAGUUGGAAGCACUCAAGACCUUGAGUUUAAACAAGAACGCAAGCAAGUCUAUCGUCAAGUUUUACGGAAGCUUCACUCAACAGGAUUCUCAUCAUGUGAUUCUGGAAUAUGCGGAUCAAGGCACUUUGCGGGACUUUUACCAAAAGUUUAGUCAUCCGAAGAUGGAAAACGAUGUGACCGAUUUCUGGGAGCACUUAUUCAACCUCGCCGUGGGGCUACGUCAAAUCCAUCAUAUCGAGCUCCUUGAAGGCGACCACACUAGUACAUUCCAUGGAGUACAUCAGGAUCUAAGGCCAUCAAACAUUCUGGUCUUUUGCAAAGGGGAGGCUUCCCCAUAUCGCUUUACCUUCAAAAUCGGCAAUUUCAGUCACAGCCACUACGGAUUAAGCGAUGAGGAUAAUAGUAAGAACCAUGGUGGGGUUUCGAUGAGAAUUCGUACAUAUGGGCCUCCAGGCUGUUAUUUGAUCAGACCAGCCUAUCGCGAGGUGGUCCGUGCCCAACGGAAUGGAGAUAUCUGGUCUCUGGCAUGUAUCUUUAGCGAGGCUACUAGCUGGGUAACCGACGGCCCACAGGCUGUCGAGGAAUAUCGAAACCAGCGCAAGCAAGCUCUCAGCCAAGUCCCCGGUUUCAAGGAUGGAGAUUGCUUCCACGAUGGAAGCGAUGUCUUGCCAGAAGUGAAAGCCUGGCAUGCUCACCUCGCGAUGCUUCGCAGAGCCGGCGACUAUGUGACGCCAAAUAUUUGGCACACACUGCUCCAGCAAUGUCUCGAAGUCGAUGAACAACGCCUUCGGGCUUUUCAGCUGUGUAAUAAAACCAUUGAAUUGCUUGGACAGCAGAGAAACAGAGUGUGCCAUGACUACUUCUAUCGUGGUGACGACAACAAUAAAGGCUGGCCACCGGCGGGACGGUUCUGCGGCUCCUCUGGUCCUGCUAUGAUGCGCGCCAAUCAGGAAAAGCCAAGUGAAGAUCUUGAUAGUAUGGGGACAACCGCCUUGGAUGUGCCAAACCCUCCGACGGCGAAGAAGUCCGAGCCAAACUCGAACAACUCUCCUGGUAGUUCUACACUUUCAACACCACCAAACGUAAACCCGGGCAUUGAAUUCGAAAAACCACUAUGUCCAGUCCACCAACAUGGUCCUGCAAUGAGGCUGCCCGAACUGUCCUUCAAAGAAGUCUCAGACUGGAUAUCCCGAAGGAAAAGUUUUACAUUGAAAAAGGAUAAGGAUAAUGAGAAGUUACCGAAUCAUGACUAUCUCAACCGUGUUGCAGGCCGCGACCACAUAUUCUUGAUUGACGAUGCUGUUUCCAUGAAGGACUACUGGCCCGAAGUCGCCAAAGUGUUCAAGGCUCUGUCUUAUCUGACUAAGACGGUGGACGAUGAUAGAAUUAUCGAGGCUCACUUCACGGUCUCUGCAGCAACCCACAAAUCCUCGAAAUCAUCUAUUCUACUGUCUAAAGUCCAAGAACGGGGUUUGCAGCUUGCGGCAACAUCCAAUCCUGAGACUGCUUGCGACAAAAUUCUCCGCGAAUGGAAGAACAAAGUAACCCGCAACAAGUUCAGAAAUCUUGUCGGGCUCAGCAAACCCUCCAUGCCUGGGGUCACUCUUUACAUUCUCACGGACGGAGUUUGGGAAGAUCAAAGCGACCUCAGCAGCUUCAUUCGGGAUGUGGUACGAUUUAUGGAUGAAUAUGAUAUGCCGCGCAAACACAUCGGCAUCCAGUUCAUUCGGUUUGGCAAUAGUACUCGGGGAGCAGAGCGGUUAAGAGUGCUGGACUCCGGCUUGGGCCUGAGGAGAGAUAUUGUCGACACUAUUCCCAGCACUGGCAAUGUAUUCAAGAUUCUUCUUGGGCCCGUGGACCCUACCUUUGAUGACGACGAGUGUACCUGUGGUGGAGAAGCGAAUAUUUAG